UUGGAAUUAUUGUUUCAUGAUUUUAAAUCGUACACAAACAAAUAACAAACCAAACAGUUAAAUGGUUUAUAAAUAACGCCUCUAUUCGGUCUUGUUGUGCGAUUAAUAAUAAGUUCUGUCUAUUAAAUUGCUAGCAUCAACAUGGCAAUACUUCAUCGGGCUCUGUUUACGUGGUUUAUUUUUUUAGUAUUCCUUAUAUUACUAUGUUUAAGAUUGGAGUCCAGAACUCAUUGGAACUGGUUUAUCGUGUUCAUACCUAUGUGGGUUUAUGAUGGUAUACUAUUGAUAUAUGUGCUGUUCCACAUGAUAUCCCAUUGCAGAAAUGGUAUAGAAAGGUUUAGAGGUACAAUAAACAAAAAUGUUUGGUAUAUAGCAGCAAUUGGAUUGAAAAUGGCUGCUCAGAUCAUUAUUUGCAUCAAAUUGGAAUAUACAAAAGUAAAUCUGCCUAUUUAUGUUGUAAUGACACCUAUAUGGAUGUUACUACCCGUGUUAUCUGUUGAAGUUUUUAUGCACCUUAUAAAACAUUCCAGUGGAAGUAGCCGAUACUAAAAA